AGGCUAGCUUGGCCGCGAGGGUUUCCAUUCGGGAUUCAGCCAUUCCUAAAUCCCAAUUUCCCAUUUGCCUCUUCCAGUCUUGCCUCUUCUCUCUUCCCUCCUUCCUCUUCGGCUCUUCCCUUCCCAAGUCGCGCGCCGGCAGCCGGCACUCCCUGACUCCCAGUCCCAGUUCCCUUCAGCUUCACCUUCCCUUCCCACUUCACAGUUCGCACACAGUCGGCGACGGCGAGUUUGGACCUCCUGUUCCAGAUCGACACUUCGGCUUCCACCUUCCCAACUUCGCAGGUCGCACUCUCGCAGACUCGCAGUACUCCUUCGGACCUUCCGUCCUUCAGCUUCACUUCAAAUUGUGGUUAGUUUUCAGAGACUGAAGAUGUCUAUUGAUAUGUACUAAAGAAUGGCAAGAUCCAGAGAUAGAACUGAGGAUUUCAAAGAUUCUGUGCGCCGUGCUGCUCUUUCAUUAGGAUACAAUGAGUCCAAAACAGCAGCCAUAUUGGCAUCUUUCAUUAUACAGAAACCUCGGCAAAGGUCGUCCUUUACUAAAGCUGCACUGAAAACACUUGAAAGUAUUGGGGCUUUGGAGCAGUUCUUGCUGAAGCAUCGGAAGGACUAUGUGGAUCUGCACCGCACCACUGAACAGGAGAGAGAUAGCAUUGAACAUGAAGUUACAAUAUUUAUUAAAGCUUGCAAAGAACAAAUAGACAUUCUGAAAAAUGGUAUAAAUGCUGAAGAAGUGAACUCGAAGGGAUGGCUUGGCAUUGCAGUCGAUAAUUCUAAUGCUGAUAUCAUAGCCCACAAACAUGGUGUGGUUUUGAUUUUAAGUGAGAAGCUUCAUUCAGUCACAGCACGGUUUGAUCAGUUGCGAGCCAUACGCUUCCAAGAUGCCGUUAAUAGGUCAAUCCCAAGAAGAAAAGUGAACCAAGCCGCGAAAUCAAUUGCUACAGAUAUGUCUGAAUCCAAUGAUGCAGAGCCCCGGGAGCCUGAUGUGCUUCAACCUGAGUCUGUUAGCAUGCAGCAGCAACUCUUGGAUGAUGAAACGCGUGCCCUACAGGUAGAAUUAACUAGUCUUCUGGAUGCUGUUCAAGAAACUGAAACCAAGAUGGUGGAAAUGUCUGCACUGAACCACCUAAUGUCCACGCAUGUUCUUCAACAAGCUCAACAGAUAGAACUUUUAUAUGAACAGGCAAUUGAAGCUACGAAGAAUGUAGAGCUCGGUAACAAAGAAUUGUCCCAAGCCAUCCAGAGGAACAAGGGCAGCAGAACCUUUCUUUUGCUUUUUCUGUUUGUACUUACUUUUUCAAUCCUAUUUCUAGAUUGGUACAGUUAAAUGAAGGGAUUUCUGGGUUUCUCUACGAAUUAUGUAUUGUUUCCUCCAGCUUUCAAAAGGAAGAAAAUCCCAUUUUCCUGCUGUAAUUCUGGUGGGUUAUCAAAUGAUCAAGAUGGCAUUCCAUUGAUGGUCAGAGGCGUUGAGAGCUAAGCCAGCUGUGGGAAUUCUAAAGAUCUUCUGGGGGCAAAAUAGAGUUGUCUCCUGUGUUAUCCAUAAUAUAUGGAAGAAGAGAGAGAGAGAGAGAUCCAAUUUUUGAGCUAGGUGGCAUGAACUGUGUCUUGGGCACUCUGAAGUUUGUACUUAAAAUCUCCUUAAAUUCACACUUGUUUUGUGUUA